AUGGCUUUCAAAUGCAAGGUGCAAACUUUGCAGGUGGUGGAUACCGAGUAUAGCGCGGACGCGGUAGAAUGGUGCCCGGUGGAAGGCUGGCACCGCAUCCUGGCCUGUGGCACCUACCAGUUGAAAAAAACGGAGAGUGAGCCUGGCCAGGACAGCGAAGCCCCCGUGCGUCUAGGACGUCUCUACCUCUAUUCCUUUGAAGAUCAAAUUUUCACACCGCUGACAGAGAUCCAGAGGAUGGAAACGGUGGCUAUAUUGGACCUUAAAUGGUGCCAUGUUCCCAUCGCAGGGCAUCCUGUGUUAGGCAUGGCAAAUGCCAAGGGGGCGGUGAAGCUUUACCACUUGAUGGGAAGCGAGUAGAAGACUUGCAGGCUUCAACCUCUGUGCAGUGUUGACCUGGGAGAUGAUUGCCUUGCUCUGUCACUGGACUGGUCCACGGGACGAGAGCCGUGCCAGCCCUUGCAGCUGGUCAGCAGCGAUUCCAAAGGGAGGGUGAGUUUGCUGUCGAUGGAUGAAUCCAGUUCCUCGCUGCACGUCUUGGACCAGUGGAAGGGACAUGACUUUGAAGCUUGGAUCGCUGCCUUUGACCGCUGGAACACACAUGUUGUGUACUCAGGUGGAGAUGAUUGCAAACUACACGGCUGGGAUACUCGGAGCAGCUCAAGAGUCCCUCUGUUCACCAGUGAGCGGCACUCUAUGGGGGUCUGCAGUAUUCAGAGUCACCCGCUGCGGGAAAAUCUGCUCGCUACGGGAAGCUACGAUGAACACGUGCUCCUGUGGGACACCAGGAAGAUGAAGCAGCCCCUGGCCGACACCCAUGUUCACGGUGGCGUCUGGCGCUUAAAGUGGCACCCCUCCCAGGCCCACUGGCUGCUGGCCGCCUGCAUGCACAACGGCUUUGUAAUCCUCAAUUGUCGGAGUGGUUUAGAAGAGAACCAAGAGAAAUGCACCAUCCUUUCGUCUUACACCUUGCACAAUUCCUUGGCUUAUGGCGCCGAUUGGUCCCGAUUUAUCCCGAGCAAUUCUUUGGAGAUGUCUGCAACGGUGCCGGCAGUUCAGGUGGACCAAGGAGCCAGCAGAGGAGACCUGAAAGUGCAGAAUCUCAAGAUCAUUUACGAAUCCCCCACGGCCACCUUUGACGUACUGCUAGAGGAGGAGGAGGACCACCCUCCCGCCUCUCCAUCCCCAGCAGAGGGUCUUGCGGACCUGCAGGGGUCUUCCGGCGACGGAAAAGCUCCAGAUGCCAAAGCGAACGGGGACGUUGAAGCAGCCAAAGCCCAAAAGGAAACCAACCUCUUAGCAACGUGCUCCUUUUAUGACAACGUUCUACAUGUCUGGAAGUGGGAGGUCAGCCAGAAUUCCCCUCUGGCCUAAACCCACUCUUUUGUGUG